AUGGCCGAACAUAUCUUUCCAAAGGCAUGGUAAGUAUUAUAUUUAUGUAAUCAGGAGUUCACAUAUCAUGUGUGCUUUAAUGAUCGAAAAAUCUUUAAACUUAGGCCGUCAGGUCCGUCAUAUUUUGGAAUAAAUUAGAUUGUAACGAACACUUACUGCGUUUGUGUUGUGGAAUAAGGGCCACAAACUUUGUCUGUGCGAUGAAACGUCUUCAUCUCGCGUCUUGGAUGCGAACCUUUUGGUUGAAUGGUCACGUAUUCCGCAUGAAUGUUUCCUUGAUCAUGACCUAACCACACCUUAAACAAAACAUGCGUUUCAUGCAACUGAGGGCCACACAUGCUGUCAAAACGUAGUAGUUCAGUAAAAGACAAAACCCAUUUUCCUGUCAUCCAAAACUGAAAAGCGCAAUAAAUAUCGAUCGUUCCGUCUCUAACGAGAUUAAUUAAUAGCGAGUUGUUGGUUAGGUUUGUUACAUUUUUCUCUCAAAUACCGUCUAAAGGCCUAUUAAAUCCCACGACGAGCAAAAUGCAAACAAUUUCGCGCGAAAACACACUUUGUGCGAAAAUUUUCUCUCGUAGUGAUUUCCACAGUAGAGAAAAAAUUGGUUUCGCUAUUUUGUCAUCCAAAACACAAGUAUUUGAUUGGCUUCGGUAUUUCUUUUUCGCAACGGAGUAGAAACGAAUUCAACUACUCGGCGAAGAGAAAUAUUUCGCAGAGAAACACUUCAAAAUCGUGUUGCGCACGCGUUCAACCUUCUCGCGAUCGUCGUGGAAUUAGGCCUCUAAAGUACUAGCCUUUUCGAAAAUUUCCCGAAGGCCAGCAUAGUUUUAGCACUCAGCCAGUUAAGCCGCAUAUUUGAGGUCGUAGUUACCGAAAUGAGGAACCAGAAACUAAAUUUGGAAAACUCAAUCUGAAAAACUGCUAGUAUAUUGGCAAAACCGUAAAACCAAAAGGAAAAUGACGGGAAGGAAAUCAUUUCACAAAUGGCAAUGUCUAAUGAUCAUGUAUGUCUUGUCUAAACGCCCAUAUACUGUACAACCUCGUACCCAGGAUCUUUCUUUGGGAGAGACCCUGGGAACGAGGUUGUAUACUGCAGGCUGUACUGACUAAAACCACCAACUUGAACUUGCCCUUGUGCAUGCGUUGGAUAUUGAGUGCACCGAUUUGAUUUUUCAUAUUCAUCAAGAACAAGGUGCAUGUUAGCUUUUGAAUCACUCCCUUUUCGUAUAAUCGCAAGCAAAAUUGAUAGAAUACGAGUCGAUUAAAAAUUGCAGGUCCAAAUCACAUUUUCAAGUGACGAUAUUCAUCAACAGAUGUUUACUAUGUCCCAAAUAUCUUGGAGCUUUUUAAAUUGAAAUUGAUUUAUGAAUUUUAAAUCCAUAUUGAUAUGGGAUAUAUAUUUUUAAUAGUUUUGUAUCCAAAAUGCUAUUUUGACCAGCAACUUUUAUUAUUCCAUUCCGGCGUAUUUGGAACAUAAGUUUCGUAACCUAUUGAGUUGCAUUGCACCCUGAUGAGUGCAAGUAUUUAGUAUUUUGCUCAGUCUAAUGCUGGACUAUUUUACACGUCAAACCGGAUGGCGCAGGUGUUCAAAGGGUUAAAGGCGGAUUUCUAGUCCUCGCACGAAGCUCCUCGCAGCUCGCUGCGAGUGAUGUAUGAGCAUUUUCAUCCAAUCACAAUGCUAAACAGUUCAUUUUAAUUAGAUGCAAGCACUCGUAGCGAGUUGCGAGGAGCUUCGUACGAGGACUGGAAAACCGCCUUAAGAGGUCUUUUAUUUUGGACGGAAAUAUAACUUGGGCGUGCCGUUAGUGCAGGCAGGAAGGUAUUAUUAAGUUCGACCUCAUGUGAUUUAUAAAUUAUUUUGCUGUAGGUUGCAUACAGGUCUGUGGACGACUUUUUCUGUUUUUGGAUUUCUUGUCCUGGUUCAAGCUCAGUACAUGAUAGACAAGACGAAAGCCUUGGAUGACAAAAUCCUUCUUGGAUAUGCAUUUCGUAAGCUCACGAUGAAAUCUGUGGAUGAAUGUUUCUUUCAUUGCUACGAAGAUUGUUUCUGUAUGGCAUUUCAAAUGUGUCAGAGUACAGAAUGUCAACUGUUGUCGACCAAUCAAUUUCAAUCUUCAUCAGCACUGGUUACCAUGAAGGGAUGUACCUAUUACGACAUGCUUCCUGAUUUUGAGCAGGUAAAGAAAUUUACUGCAGUAGAUGGGCUAUGGAAUUUUUGAACGUAAAUUUCACUUCUAGGUCUAACCAGAAGGACUGGCGAACACUGCAGCUGCAGGCCCUUCGGCGGGAAUCGAACCUGUGGCACACAAGGUGGCUCGGUAGCUACAGUUAUGAUCUUUGUGAUGUUACUCUUAGUGUACAUCCACAUCGGACAAGCUUGAAAACUAUGCCUGGCCACGGUGGAAAUCGAACCUACGAAGUACGACCUUUGAAUACUAGCCCAAUGCUCUGCCAACUGAGCUACGCGGUCAAGUCGGUUCGAGUAUGUGAUAUUUCGGAACUGAAUCUAGUUCCUUCGAUGUCAAUGCAAUCUAGUAAUAUGAUUUUUCUGUACAUGUGUUGUUAAUGUUAUGUAAUCAGGUGAAUGUGAUGUUUGUGAUGUUACUCUGAGUGUGUAUCCAAACCGGACAAGCUUGAAAAAUAUGCCUGGCCAUGGUGGGAAUCGAACCUACAACCUUUGGAAUACCAGCCCAAUGCUCUGCCAACUGAGCUACGUGGGCAGGUCGGUUCGAGUAUGUGAUAUUUCGGAACUGAGUCUAGUUCCUUCGAUAUGCUUAGUUGGCAGAGCAUUGGGCUAGUAUUCCAAAAGUCGCAGGUUCGAUUCCCACCGUGGCCAGGCAUAUUUUUCAAGCUUGUUCGUUGUGGAUAUACACCCAUAGUAACAUCACAAACAUCAUAUUCACCUGAGUACAUAACAUUAACAACACAGAAAAAUCAUAAUACUAGAUUUCAUUGAUAUCGAAGGAACUAGCCUCAGUUCCGAAAUAUCACAUACUCGAACCGACCUGACCGCGUAGCUCAGUUGGCGGAGCAUUGGGCUAGUAUUCCAAAGGUCGUAGGUUCGAUUUCCACCGUGGCAGGCAUAUUUUUCAAGCAUGUCCGCUGUGGAUACACACUCAGAUUAACAUCACAAACAUCAUAUUCACCUGAGUACAUAUAACAUUAACAAUACAGAAAAAAAAGCUACAGUUAUAUUAUAAAAGGGAAAUUCACGAUUUGGAGCCGUGUGUUUGGACUAUUAUUAAUUCAUGAAAAACAAAAGGUAUCUUUCUGAUGCAUGUAAAACCACAUCUAAACGGUUUGAUCUUUUUCAGAGAAGAUACACAACUGCCGUUGCUAUGGGAACAAUGGAGUUUCAAGAGGGCGGAUAUUUUUACUUUGAAGACAUUUAACUCAAAAACGAUAUCGGGGACACCGAAAUUUUAUUUCAUAAAAUGAUUUCUCUUAGUAUACUCAAUCAUCUUGGCUUAACAGAUGUUUUAAAAACUUGUCAAGAUAGAGUUUUCCACUAAGUCAAUUUGGGAUCUUGCGUUCAGUCUGCAAACUUCCUGUUUUGAAAAAUGUUUACCACUAAGGGAAAGUACAUUUAUUACGCCGAGGGGGGGAUGAGAUGUCUUGAAAAAAAGCUCAUAUUUUUACAGUGCCCCUGUUGAGGUUAUUGGUAAAUUUUGAAUGCCCUCCCUCCAAGUUUUUACAAUUUUCAAUGCCCCCCCCCCCUCCAGAAUUCGGAAUCUAAGGAGUACAAUCCGGAAUUCUCUCUUAUCAUAGAUACAAUUUGCAGUUCCUCAAGAUGUCUGAUAUACUCAAGCAUGUGCUUCUCAACAAAAAUACCGACCUGCUGCUUCUUUCACCUCACUACCGCCAGAUAAAAUGGCGCCGUCUUAAAAAAAAAUAUGUUAGAUUGGCUCUAGGGGCGAAAUUAUCAACAGGUUGUUGUUGUCCGUCAUUCAGCGUAGUCAGAGUCUUAAACACAUUCAUGUAUAGUGGCCAGGAUUUCCUGGAUCAGGGUAAUGUGCUGGAACCUUAGAGAAUGUCGCCCCCACCCAACGUAUCUCCUGGCAUGUGUUGCAAAUGUCUUUGCAUGCCUGUCAAAAAUGCAUGCAAAAGUGCCAGUAUGCUUCAAGUUCUUUAAUUUUCAUCCCGUUUGUACUAAAUAUCCAAUAAAGAUAGAACAUAUCAUUCUUACAAAUCGUAUGCUUCUUUUGUUUUUGGAACUGCUUCUUUUUGGCGGGUAAAUAACUUCACAAACCUGGCGCCAAAAAAUUAAAAUAAGCUAUAGGUGAUUUCAUGUAUCCAUUUAGAAGAGCAGACUAAGGAUAUCUUAAAACUGGAUAUCUUAAGGGCAGACUAAGGAUAUCUUGAAGAGCAGACUAAGGAUAUCUUAAAACCAUCAGGGACGUAGCAAAGCAUCUGACGUUUGGGGGAUGUCCGCGGAGGAUUAUAUGUGUAAUAAUUAUAAUAAAGCUUUUUGUGAUUGAUUGGCACUCUCAUACUAACUUUUGGGAUAAAAGGGGGGUCUAGGGGUCCUCCCCCAGAAAAUGUUUACAUUUUUGAAGCUCUAGGACUAAAUUUCUGGUGUUUUCUAAAGUAACUUCGCAAACAAAUUGCAUGUAAAUUGACAGUAUUUUACAAAAAUGGUUAUCAUUUCACAAAAAUAAUUACUUUAUUAUGCAAAUUUUACCUCAAAAUGUCAAAAUUUUAACUUGAAUUUUACAUGAUUGUUGCCUGAAUUUCACAGUGGGGGGGGGGGAGUUUCCAAACCAUCUAUUCUAUUAACUAUGGUGGGAGUGAACGCUCCAUGCCCCUGCUGGACAAAAACUUUGAAAAGUUUAGAGCCCCCCCCCUCUUCAGUAUAUCGAGAACUUUCAGAGAGCCUAAAUUUCAUUGUUAAAUUGCUAGUUGAGAUUUAUCAAGACUUGAUAAGUAACCUAUAUUAACCUUUCAUAACUAAUAAAGCAAUAGUGGAUUUUCUAAUAAAAUGAUAUAAACAGUUGUAUACGUACGAUUGAGUACUUAGUGAGAAAUCAGGCCUAGUUCAGUUCUUUUAAAACUGGUUUAAUUUUUAUUUCUAGUCAAACUCUUCAUCUAAAUUAAACCAAAAUGUAAAUUUAAUCAAUUGCGACACACAAAAACCUCUUGGCGAAGAUACUGAAACCAUGAUCAUUGUUGAUUGAGUACUAAACUGCAGGGGCCGGUUGCCGGUUGUUCAAAGCUGGAUUAGCGCUAACCUUGCGUGGCUGGGUUAAAAUUUAAUCGGCCGUUUUAAUUUCUGCAUUUCUGCACGUCUGCUAAUUUCUAAACUUCAGAGAAAAAAACUCCAGCUGAUUCAGACAAUAUCUCUGAAGAAAUAUUUCCAAAUUUAUAAACAAGCGUUUGGCAAGUUUGCUUUGAAUUUUAAGUUAACCUAUGGUUAGGCUACUGCUUUGAACAAUUAAGCGGCCUCUACGUUUAACCAAUGCAGUAGUCCUAAAUUAUGUUUGUACAUGCCUAUACCUGUUUUAAGAUGUUUUACAUCAGCCAGUGUACAAAAGUUAAGGUUUUUCAGCAACCAGUGGCAUUUUUUUUCCUCAAUUGGUUUCUUGCAUUUUAAUUUUGAUGCCUAAUUGGCUAAAUUUCUGGCUAAUGGUUCUUUAUCCUUUGUUUCUUUUGUUCGGAUUUUUACUGUUAGUAUAGAUUAAUGUACAUUCCGAUUUCUGACAUGUAGGUAUCAUUUACAUAAAGCUCUUAGACAAAUCCUUCCUUUUUUAGAUCAAGAAAAGAGGGAGUUGUGAUCCAGCAUAUGGCUGUCAAAUUUAUACCAAUCUAUGUCCAGCUGGCAGACGUUAUGUCGCAAUCACACCUAAAGCUUACACAACACCACGUUACUUAUGCCAUCCGUUAAAAUCAUGUCGUGGUUACAGCAAUGGUCCUCGAGUGCCUGGAAAAUACUGGGUGUUUGAUGAUAAUAUGAAUCCCUUCAAAAUCUUUUGUGAUUUUGAUCCAAGAACUAAUGCGACUUGGACACUGGUUCAAUCAUAUCAAUUUAAAUAUAACAGCAUCUUUAAUACCGCUUACUCCACAGAUUUGCCUAUAAGCGAAAACACACCUCGCUGGGAUGCAUAUCGUCUUUCAAAAUCCAGAAUGCAAUCCAUUCAAGACGAUUCUAACGAAUUUCGUGUGACAUGCAAGUAUGAUGCUGACGGUGUAGUCUACACUGAUUAUCUUCAGGUAACAAAGAAGCAGAUUAAUUUACUGAUAUUUCCAAAGUCAUCGAAGGGGCAAUGCAGAUUCGUGGAACAUAUAGACAUUCGCGGACAAAAUUGUUCAAAAUGCACCGCUUAUAUUCAUCAAUCUUCCAACGUAUUGCACUUUCACGCCGUCUCUAGUUAUGAAGAUACAAACAGUUGUGCAUUUCAACCAAAAAGUAGUCCUGGAUGUAAAAAUUAUGGUGACAUUAGUUUUGGCUGGUAUGGUUGCUAUAAUGCAGAAAAUCGAUGCUCGUCCUCUGUUACGGCAACAACUCAAACAUGGCUUGGAGGUAGCUGA